UUUUGAGAAGGCCCAAAGGUUUUGAAAAGUCCGACAGAAACAAAUGACUGAAAACAAAAUUGCUCUGAACUCCGAAGUCCCCAUUAAAUUCAAAAUUGAAAACCGAAGGAAAACUCAGCGUGUGAUUGAAAUUUGAAGAGUGUGAAGAUGGCGAUGGAAGUGGAGCAGAAUCAGAAUCAUCAAUUAGGGUUUCCCUUCUGGAAACCGCUCCGUCGCAGGUUCGGACCCGAAUCUCCUUUCUUCGCUCAUGGCAACCUCGAACGGGAACUUCUCGCCAAACAGCUUGCUUUGGAAUUAACAGAAGAGAAACAACAGCUUGAGAAAUGGAUGCAAGAGGAAGAAGGAAGGGAAGUCUUUUGUCCCAUUGUGGGUUGUGGUGCACGCUUGACCUCAAUGGAGGACUUUGAAAAUCACUAUAAUGCAAGGCAUACUGCAUCCUGUUCUGUGUGCUCCAGAGUUUACCCGACAUCUUGGUUGCUCAGCAUACAUGUAUCUGAAGUGCAUGAUUCUUUCUUUCAGGCAAAAGUUGCACGUGGCUAUGAUAUGUACGAAUGCUUGGUGGAAAGGUGUGGAUUGAAAUUCAAAAGCUACAAUAGUAGGCAGCAGCAUCUGGUUGACAAGCAUAAAUUCCCCACCUCAUUUGAGUUUUUCAAGAAGGCUAAGCCUUCAAAGAAACAUAGGUUGAAGUCCCAACGCAAACAAGCUGUUUGUAAGGAGGAUUCUUCAGGAAUGAUGGAAGUGGAAAAUGCAUCCAUGGAUGACCUUGUUUCAGCAGUCUCUAAAUUGAACACUUCUGACUCCACCCCUUCAUCAAUCAGUUUUGGUCGCCGCCACAAAGGCUUGUCAUUUGUCCCUCGAGCUGUUCAGCGUGGAGGUGGAUCAAACUCAACAGCAUCUGUGACAAAGAAAUAAGCUUGGACUCAACAAAUCUGCAUUCUUAAUUGCUGAAUAAUCAACAUUCAGAUGCAGCUCCCUUAUAAAAUCCGUGUGGACGUCUUGCAUUCUAAGUUUGAAGAAGCCAAUUAAGUUGAAGAUGGAAAAUUAGAAUCAUGCUGGAGGAUGUAAUAACAGCAUUUGUCAGUAUUAUCUUUUUUUGCUCCCACUUGGGGCUGUAAGUUUGCCCAACACAGGCAAUAUGAGCAUGCGAAUAUGCCUGGCUUGUAUAAUGUGGAGAUUUUGAGCUUCUUUUUCUAUGAUAUUGUUCUGUUAACAUCUAACCACUUUACUGAAUAGCCACAUUGUAAUUAGAGUUGAAAGAAAUCACUCUUAAAGCUUGUCAUACGUUUGUGGCAGCACAUGAAUAUUUAGAAAGUUUGCAAGCGGUGCAGGCUUCCUGUUCACA